AUGCCUCAAUUACCUGAAGAAACAAUUGCUGCUCCUUCUGAGGACCCUAAAAAAAAAGAGUCAAAGGGGGAACAACCCCCAGAGAAAGCCCUUAAAUCUAAAGGUCCUGACUCGCAUGAGGAAGGGGAGGAGUUGUCAGAGGAGGACCAGCAGCUCAAGAAUGAGUUAGAAAUGCUUGCUGAACGUCUUGGCGAGCCUGACACGACGCUGUACCGACCCGCAUUAGAAACCCUCCGUACUCUCAUUCGAACAUCGACGUCUUCUAUGACUUCGGUUCCUAAGCCCCUCAAAUUUCUACGACCGCACUAUCCAACAUUGGAGUCCAUAUAUGAAAAAUGGCCACCGUCGGAGGACAAGAGCCUUUUCGCGGACAUAUUGGGUGUUCUUGCUAUGACUUACUCGGAUACUCGACCUCGAGAGACACUAAAGUACCGACUGCUGUCAACUACCAUGUCCAAGGAGCCUUCGCCACCUGGUCUUUGGGGUCAUGAAUAUGUUCGUCACCUGGCUGCGGAGCUUGGGGCGGAGUAUACCAUCCGAAUAGAGUCGAGUGAAGACACAACAGAGCUCAGAGAGUUGGCAUACGUGUGCGCUAUGUUCUUGCUAGAACAUAAUGCCGAGGCAGAUGCGGUGGAUCUUUUGGAGGAGUUAGAAUGUGUUGGUAAGAUCGAGGGACUGGUUGACAAGAACACCUUCGCUCGGGUCUGUACAUACAUGGUCAGCUGCGUGAAUCUUCUUCCACCACCAGAUGACGUAACAUUCCUUCGGACCGCACACGCGAUUUACAUGAAAUUUUCUAAAUAUCCCGAAGCAUUAUCUCUUGCCAUUCGUCUGGGGGACCCGCAAUUGAUAUCACAAGAUUUCCAUGCUCCUGCGAAUCCGCUGAUGCAGCGACAGCUCGCUUUCAUACUUGCUCGGGCCUUAGUCCCGCUAGAGUGGGUGCGAUCACCGAGUUCUGGGGACCAGAUGGAAACUACUGAGUUGGAAGAUACCGGGCUGCCGGAAGACCUUCUCGCAUGUCUAAGCAACACCUAUUUAUCCGACCAUUUUCGUGCUUUUGGCAAGGAACUAGCCGUAGGAGACCCCAAAUCCUUGGAGGACAUUUAUAAAUCCCACUUGGAGAAUACCCGUGGCUCAACAACUGUGGACUCGGCUCGCGCAAACUUGGCAGGAACAUUUGUCAAUGCCUUUGUAAAUGCUGGCUUUGGCAAUGACCCUCUGAUGGUGAAGGCUGAGGAAGGUAGUGGAUGGAUCUACAAGAAUAAAGACCAUGGCAUGUCCCCCUUAGGUUGCUGCCGCCAGUCUGGGUUGAGUUUACUCUGGGACACCGAGGUUGGCUUGAGCCAUGUAGAUCGGUAUACAUAUUCGAACGAGGAGUACAUCAAAGCGGGAGCAUUGCUGGCUAUCGGUAUGCUUCAUUCUGGCGUGCGUUCCGAGCAGGACGCGGCACUCGCGCUGCUUAGUGAUCACCUUGAGAAUAAGAGUGUUCCCCUCAGAACAAGUGCCAUCACCGGGCUCGGCCUUGCUUACGCUGGUUCACAUCGUGACGACCUAAUGGCUAUUCUACUUCCAAUUGUGUCAGACGAUACAGUUUCGAUGGAAGUGGCCGCUUUGGCAGCCCUUGCAUUAGGUUUCAUUUUUGCUGGCAGCGCAAACGGCGAGGUUGCAGGCACGAUCCUGCAGACCAUCAUGGACAGAAUGGAACCUGACGAUUCAGCGCUGGGGGACAAGUGGGCUCGCUUCUUGAUAUUGGGGCUUGCGUUAUUGUACCUCGGUCGUCAGGACAUUUCAGAUGCUACCAUAGAGACUUUGAAGGCCAUUCCCCAUUUCAUCUCAAAGCAAGCCGUGAUCCUUGUGGAAAUCUGCUCAUUUGCAGGGACUAGUAACGUUCUAAAAGUGCAAAGUUUACUUCAUCACUGCAGCGACCACAUCGACACCGAGAAAGAAGACGACACGUUCCAAGCCUAUGCGGUAAUGGGUAUUGCUCUCGUUGCCAUGGGUGAGGACAUUGGUGCGGAAAUGUCACUGCGACAAUUCAAUCAUCUUAUGACCUACGGGGAGCCGAUUGUUCGUAAAGCCGUACCAUUGGCACUUGGUCUUAUCAGUGCAUCAAAUCCGCAAUUGAGAGUACUCGACACACUCUCGAAGUACAGCCAUGACAGUGAUCUCGCUGUGGCUCUCAACGCCAUCUUCGCAAUGGGCAUAGUCGGUGCGGGAACGAAUAAUGCACGUCUAGGGCAAAUGCUCCGUCAGUUGGCUAGCUACUACCACAAGGAACCAGAUUGUCUCUUCAUGGUCAGGGUGGCGCAAGGGCUGGUGCAUAUGGGCAAGGGCACGAUUGGCAUUAACCCCUUCUUUCAAGACCGACAGAUCAUGUCGCAGACGGCUGUUGCUGGACUUCUAGCAACUCUUGUGGCCUUCACUGACGCGAAAGCUUUCAUUCUUGACAAGUCACACUGGAUGCUGUACUUCCUUGUCACUGCGAUGUUCCCGAGGUUCCUGAUUACUCUUGAUGAGGACUUGCAAUCUAUUCCGGUGACUGCACGAGUUGGCCAGGCUGUUGAUGUCGUGGGUCAAGCGGGUAAACCCAGAACAAUAUCAGGUUUCCAGACUCAUCAAACCCAGUGCGGAUGGGUACUACUGAGCGAGCGGAGCUUGGAACUGAACAAUACAUAUCGUUCGCGCCGGUUUUAGAAGGAUUUGUUAUACUGACGAAGAAUCCAGGUUGGGAAGAAAAAAUGGAACGUUGACUUCGGUACAUGUACAUAUAUAAACCUAUCAUCCCUAAUACUCUGCCAGAUGAACUUUUGAACUUGGCAGGUUGCGGUAUCUGGAACA